CAAUUGAUGCAAACAUUUUAAAAUGUACAAAGACAUUGAUAAUUUGAUGGCAAAAUACGAAUUGUUUUCCAAUUGCUACUCACGUUUAGGACCAUUCCAGGCGGGAGUAGAUCCAAUGCAAAGAAAACACAUUUAUAGUACAGGGCAGUGUUACGCGUUGCACUGCACUUGUUAAACGCGACAGACUAUUCUCCGUUUCGUCCGCUGAAAACGUCUGGCGGUGAAAUGUCGUGUACCCUCCAAACGCCACAUCAAACAGCUGACUAUUGACUCAACUAACCUUUAAAAAUUAUUCAACGAUUCAAAGAUAUUCUUUUAAUUUACAAAAUAAUGGAUACGUGUAGACCAUGUGGAUGUAAAGGUUGUCGCACCUGCCUGCUUUGUGAAGAAGAAUAUGGUAUAAAAAAAGAUCCAAUAUUGAAUAAGACAAACGGAUCUUAUGUCUACUGUCCACAUUGCAAUAAAGCAUGGUCUGGUUGGGAUUUUAACCUUUAUAAACAACAUCCAAACCACAGUGGGACAUCAAUAGACUAUCCAGGAGUGUAUAUUGACUUAAACUUUCUCUCCAUAGAAGAAGAACAACUUGCUUUAAGUGAAAUUGAAAACAUUCCUUGGGACGCAUCUCAGAGUGGAAGAAGAAAGCAGAACUUUGGUCCUAAAUGCAACUUCAAGAAGAAAAAACUAAAACUGGGUGAUUUCAAAGGAUUUCCAAAAGGUUUGCAAUUCAUCCAGGAAAAACUAAAACAUGUAGCUUAUUUAAAAGACUUCCAAACAAUUGAACAAUGCAGUUUAGAGUAUGAUCCAACCAGAGGUGCAUCAAUUGAUCCACACAUUGAUGACUGUUGGAUUUGGGGUGAGAGAAUUGUAACAGUUAAUUUAUUAGCUGAUUCUGUCUUGACUAUGACUGAAAAUUCAAAACCCUCUGGAUAUAAUUUAAAUCAAGUUGCAAGUUAUCCAAGUGUGAUGUUGAAAAGGAGCAGGAGGGUCAACAAAGUGUUUCAAUUAAAAACAGUAGAAAACGCGCCUAUUGUUCGAAUUCCCAUGCCGCGACGUUCACUUUUGGUAUUAUAUGGAGCACCAAGAUAUGACUGGGAGCAUCAAGUUCUCAGGGAGGACAUUAGUAACACAAGGAUAUGUUUAGCAUAUAGAGAAUUUACACCGCCAUAUUUAAAUGGUGGUGAAUUUUAUGAAGAAGGACUUAAAGUGCUUAAUAAAGCAAAAGAAUUCUUUUAAUUUAAAUUUAAUAAAUCCUAACCUACAUAAA